AUGAGAACCUCAGCUAGAUAUUUUACAAACUUUUUGAAGAAUAAAGCAACAAAUAGUUUUAAUGCUUUCAAUAGAUAACAAUUCAGAAACAAUUUCGCCAAGCAAGUUAUUCUAUUAACAGGUAUCCAUUUGACAUGGAAAUAUGCUGCCUAAAACUUAAACUGCGAGGAAGAAGCUAAAUCAUAAGAAGAAUUAGAAAAGGAAUUAAAGCAAAAAUUUGAAGAGGAAAUGAGAAAGAAAAGAGUCGAUUCCAUGAAAAAUUUACAAAGAUAUGAAGUAUGCAACUCUGUAGAUAUUUAAGAAGGUUAGAUAUAUCCUUUCUAAGUUAAGGAUGGCGAAAAUGGCACAUUUGAAGUUGUUAUUGUUAGAUACAAUGGAAAGUUAUAUUGUGUUGGAGGUGUUGAUACUUAUGACGGUAAAACUAAAUUGAAGGAUGGUAUUUGUUUUGGAAAUAAGCUUUAUAGUCCCAUGAAUGGUUCUGCUUUUAAUAUUGAAAAUGGACAUCCUGAACUCGCUCCUGCUAUUGAUGAACUUCCUAGAUUUUUCGUUGAAGAGAAAAAUGGUAAAGUUAUUCUUUAUGCUCCUAAAAUUGUACCUAAAAGAUUGGUUCCUGCAUUUGCCUCUAGAGAUAUUAACGACGUGAGAAAAGUUGUUGUUAUUGGAGCUGGACCUGCUGCACUUGGUGCUAUCGAAUCUUUAAGAUUGAAUGGUUUUACUGGUGAAAUCAUUAUGGUUACAAAAGGGACAAAGAUGCCAUAUGAUAAAACUAAGCUUACCAAAUCUUUUAAGUACUUAAAUUAUGAUAAUCUAACUCUUCGUGACGAAGACUGGUUUGAUUCUCAUGGUGUUAAUUAUAUGCUUGGUAGAGAAGUUACUUUUGUCGAUAAAACACACAACAGCCCACAUAUUCUUUUAGAAGACGGCUUAAAAUUAGAAUAUGAUAGUUUAAUUAUAGCCACAGGAGUUAAACCUGAAGUUAGAAAUAUUAACGGUAUCUAAGAAAAAGAUAAUGUUUCAUUUUUAUACAACAUUGAUCACCAUAAAAAAGUUAAGUAAUACCUAGAAAAAGCUAAAACAAUUACAGUCCUUGGUAACAAUAUGAGAGCUAUGGAAUGUGUUUCUACUAUUAGAAGAGAAUAUCCUCACAUUAAAAUUUAUGUUAUUGAUGAAAACGAAGAUCCUGUAAUUAAAACUGAAUUCGGAGAGGAUAUUUACAAAAAAAUUUUAGAUACUGCUUUAGAUAACAAAGUUAAGUUCGUUAUGAAAAAUCCUGUUGAUAAGAUUAUUGGUGAUGAUAACUUAGCCAAAAAAAUAUAAUUCCGUUCAGGACUUUAAAUUGAAACAGACUUUGUCCUAUUAAUGCCAAACAACUUUAAGGCUGAUAAUGAUUUCUUAUUAAAUAAUGAUUUAGAUUAAUUUGAGUUUGACGAUAUUGGAAGAGUAAGAUGUGAUUAUGAUCUUAGAACUGACUAUAAGCGUAUGUUUGCUCCAGGCUCUGGUGGUGUUGCUACUUACUUUGCCGCUAAUGAUAGAUAUCCUCACAUGUAAUGGAAUACAGCUUAUCAUUAAGGUAUGACUGCUGGUUACAACACUCUUGCUUUGAACAUUCCUUGGCAUUAAAUUCCUUUUGAAUAAUAUGAAAUAUUUGGAAAGGUUUUACAACAUAUUGGUUAUGCAAAUGUUGAAAAUGAAGUUUACAUUUAAGGUGAUGUUUAAAAUUGGGAUUUCGUCGCUUUCCAUGCUUGGGAAGGUGAAAUUUUAGCUGUUACAGGAACUCCUUCUUAAAAGAAAACAAUUAACAUUUUAAAUGAAGCCAUUAGAUUAGAACUUAUGCCUCAUCUUAUAGAGUUAAAGAAAGGAUAUAAAACUAUUGAAUAAAUAGAAAAAGAAAUCAGAGAAUCAAAAAGAAGCACAUGCUUUAAAAAUUUAGUUUAUGAAUUAAGAGAUAAGCCAAAUCCUCAUGAUGUUAUUUGGUUCCAUAGAGAACGUCAAAGUAGAUACUUCAAUUUCUGGGAAGAAGGUGUCAUGCCAGAUCAAAACUACGCUCCUCCUACUCAAGAUCCAGUAGUCUGA